AUGAACCCGCACCAGCAGAACAAGGUCGAUGUCAGCAAAAUGUCGGAGCAGGAGGCCAAGCUCUUCCGUCUCUACGGCAAGCUGCCCAACAAGAAGGACUUGCUCCAGAACAAGCUGAAGGAGCGCAAGUACUUCGACAGCGGCGACUACGCCCUCUCCAAGGCCGGCAAAGCUGGUGACGUCGGCGUCACCCAAGUCGGCCGCGAGCACCCCAACCCCGAAAAGAUCCCACACAUCGCCCCGCCCACGCCCACCGGCCAGAACGGCAACGGCAAUGGCAACGGCCACAGGGACAGCGUCACCGCCAACGGUCAAGGCGAGUUGGCAGGCAGCCCCGUCAAGGAACACACCUUCCUGCACCGCGAGACGAGCCUGAACCGCGAGACCUCCGCGUCAGACUUUGAGAACAACGAGAACGUCGAGGAGGGCGGCGCAGUCAAGGCAUAG